AUGGAAGAAAAGGCAGUUGUACUUGAGGCAAGAGCACCAUAUAUCACCAUGGAUACCAUGAAAACUAUGUAUGGAAAGCGAGAUUUAUUUAUAAAGAAAACCAAUCAUUUUCAAUUGAAUGGUGAUAUUAGUUGUUUGUGUUCUGUAGACUUAACUGUAUGGAUCGGUGAGACAUCAGGCAAAGUGACUGUUCUAGACGAAUGUACAGGUAGUCUCAUAAGUGUUCUCUCAAAACCAAGAGAUGUACCUAUAACUGUAAUGCGUGCUACCAGGGGAUAUGUAUGGGUUGGAUAUGCUGAUGGUGUUUUACGAGUUUACCAUGCAAUAUCUAGGGAACUAGUUAAUGAGACACACACGCACAAAGAUAAUAUUACAGAUAUUGUUACGGACCCUAAUUCUCAUCUUGUAUAUUCUUCUUCGAUUGACUCUAAUAUACGUUAUUGGAAUACAAAUAAUUUUGGGAAUGAUAAAGAUGGAUUAUUGGGUCGCUGUAAUAACGCAGUACGAUCUCUUGCACUUUUUAAUGAUAAACUUUUCUCUGGUGGUGAUGACUCUCGAAUAAUUCAAUGGAAUACUACCACUAAAGAACGCGAACACGUUUUAGAAGUUCACUCUGCCCCAGUACUAACUCUUCUAGUUUUUCGUUCUCAACUUUGGAGUGGCGCUGCUGAUGGAACUGUGUGUAUAUGGAAUUUGUGUAAUAUACAUAGUGAAGCUCCAGAAUGUGUUCACAUGAUUACAAAUCCACAUGAAGGUUCUGUGACAAGUUUGAAAUCCGUAGGAUUGAAAGUUUGGUCUGUAUCAGAAGGGCAAAUUUACGUUUGGAAUCCAUCAUCAUUUGAAUUAGAGAUGCACUGUAACUUGGGUAGAGGUAAAAAUGAUGCUUUAAAUAUGAUGGAGACUGUUUCACAAGUGGUUUGUAGCAAGACAUGGAUCAGCUAUAAGGAAAGUGGUGAUAUUAGCAUACUUCAGAGUGACGAUAAUUUAUUGAGAGAUUGCAGGGAAAGCCAAGAAAAUUUCUUAGAAUUACGAGAAAAAGAUGAACUUAUUAUUAAAUUACUACAAAGAGAAAAAGCUUUAUCUGAUGAGAUUGAAAGCUUGCAGCAACAACUUGCCGAUCUAAAAUCUCAGCAAGAGGGGAGAGUAAGUGCUAAUCUUCUUAAAGGGUCUAAAAAAGAAAGCAAAAGAGGAUCUGAAUCUUCGUCCAUUGGUUUAGCUUCCAUUGUACCACCCAACUCAAAUAAAAUUAUUGAUGACAAUACUGACAUUUCAAAAGAUAAGGAUAAAACUUACAAACAAGCUUUAAAUAACAUUUUUUCUUAUGAUGAACAUCUAAAAGGGUUAGAAAUGAAAAAUUCUGUUUGUAGGUAUGUAGUGGUUGAUGCAUGGGUAUUACUUGAAAAAUUAAAUUCUCUCCGUGAAGAGGUGGGAAAACUUAUGCAAUCUGAUAGGGUUGUAUGUGAAAAUAGUUGUCUAUAUUUUACCGUAAAAGAAGGUUCACCACCUCUUCCAAUCGGUUCUAUUGUUCUUGAUGAGCUUACGCAGAGGGAACGUGAAGAAAUAAAAAGCAUAUGUGGAUGCUUAAAUCCACCUUUUGUAGUACCUCUUAUAUCUAGCCUUAGUAAUACUGAUGUCAGGGAAAAUCUUGGGCGCAUCGUCAGAAGAGUUCGUCCGAACUAUUAUGUACCUACCUCUGCUCCUCCCAAUGUUAAAAGGAUGAUUUAUGACUUUGUUAACAGUAUUUGUUUAUUUGAUGGUAAAUCAAAUGACACCGUUUCGGUAUCGAUGCGUACAGACGGUAUUGGAUACCCCCCAAUAUCAUUUUACUUAAACGAUAUUCUUCAUAGUGUAGAUACAGAGGUUAAACGUAGAUUAAAAAAUAAAUCAUUACCAUUAAACUUCAAGGUAAGUCAUGGAAAGGGAGCAGUUCCUUUAUCUGGAAUAGAGACUUCUCUUGAAUAUGAUAAUUCUUCUCCAUUGCAUAUGAGAAAUCAUGUGAAGAAUGAUGAUGAACCAGAUAUUGAUGAUAUAUUAGUGGAAGAGUUUCCUGGUGAUUUUGAAGAGAAUGAACUGUAUUCUCCCUAUAGUACCCAGAAUGGAGAAACCUUUAAUUUUGUAGAACAUAUUUACAAAGUAAAGCGCCUUGUGGUGGAAUCUGCUGCUCAUUCUUCGUCACGUCGUAUUCAAGCUUGUACCGUAGAUCUCUUUCCAUCUUUUCUGGUAAAGAAUUAUUCUUCUCCUUUAGAAGAGUUGAAUGAAUUAGGCAAAAUAUCCUGUAAGCUUGUGAGACGAUUGUGUUAUGUAGUAGAAAAAAUAGAAGCUGAACUACGAGAGCAGAAUGAAGUGGGAUCGAUGAGAGAAAAAAAGUUCUCUAAACUCACAGCUGAUUUAGCAGACAAUACGUAUGACCAAACCCCUGGAUUGUUUUCUUUACUUAGCGAAAUGCAUGAUAACGAUGAAGUUAUUCAUGAAUUACUUAUUGAACGUAUUUUGAAUGAAAGUAGACGAAUUGCACUUCAGUACGGACGACUUAUGGAUGCAUUGCUAUUGCGGCAUAAACCUUCUUUACGACCUCUUAUUUCCUGGGAUGAUAUACAAGAAGAAUAUAGUAGUCCUUCAUCAGCAAAUUACUUCCUGGGGGCGCUGCAUGAUUACAGCGCACUUGUGGAAAAGGUUCACACCAUGGAAGAUGCUUUCUUUGGAGUUUGA